AUGGCCAGCUCUCAAACGACAAUUAUUCCUCAUUCGCAAAAACCCUUCGUGACGAGAGAAUAUCCGUCGGAGGAUGAACUUAAUGCCAUAAUCGCUGCAGCAGCUGAUGCACAAAACUCGUGGAGCAAAACAGCGUUGUCAGAGCGCCUGGCGAUCUGCAAGAAAUUUCUGGACGAGAUGAAGAAGAUGGAGGAUGUGAUCGCAAAGGAACUGACUAUCCAAAUGGGAAGACCACUUUCACAAACCCCUGGAGAACUCAGAGGCUUCGUAGAUCGAGCGAAUUACCUGCUAUCCAUCGCAGAAUCCUGCCUGCAAGACAUUCCUCUGACUGAAUCUGAUAAGCCUGGGUUUCGUCGAUACAUUCGCCGUGUUCCUUACGGAGUCGCGUUUCUGAUUGUACCCUGGAACUAUCCCUAUCUGACUACUGUCAACUCUUUGAUACCCGCUUUGCUUGCAGGCAAUACCGCUCUUUUGAAGCCAUCACCUCAGACACCCCUUACUGCAGAACGAAUCUCAGAGGCAUUUCAAAGAGCAGGACUGCCCGAAAACGUGUUGCAAGUGGUUCACCUCUCACCUGAACUCGUAAAGUACGCUUGCCGGCAUCCUUCGGUUAAGUACAUCAGCUUUACCGGAAGCGUAUCUGGGGGAAGAGAUAUUGACCAGGCGGCUGCCGCAUCAGGCGACUUUAAGACUGUUGGGCUAGAGCUUGGUGGAAAGGAUCCUGCAUACGUUCGUGCAGACGCCAAUGUGGAUUAUGCAGUGGCAGAAUUGGUGGAUGGCGCUCUCUUCAACUCGGGUCAAAGUUGCUGUGCUGUCGAGCGCAUCUAUGUUCACGAGGCAAUAUUUGACGAGUUCACCCGCAAGUUUGUAGACCUUGUCAAGACGUACAAACUUGGCGACCCCACGGAGAGCGGUAUCAGUCUAGGUCCGGUCGUGAGUGUAGCCAGUGCAAAACGAAUCAGGGAUCAGGUGCAGCGUGCCGUGGCUGCUGGGGCCAAACCCCUGAUACCCGAGGAGUUGUUCCCGGUAGCGAAGAGCGAGCAAUUCCUAGCAAUGGAUGUUGUCACUGAAGAAACCUUCGGGCCCAUUGCACCGAUCAUGAAGGUAUCUGGGGACGAAGAAGCUGUCCAGUUGAUGAAUGACUCCAAGUACGGUCUUACCGCCUCUGUCUGGACGACGGAUGAAGCCGCAUUCGAAUCGCUCGUUGACAAGAUUGAUGCGGGCACCGUGUUUAGCAAUCGCUGUGACUACCUUGAUCCGGCGCUUGCGUGGACUGGAGUCAAGCAUAGUGGCAGAGGGAUCAGUCUCAGCAAGUAUGGCUUUGAUCAAGUCACUAGGGCGAAGAGCGUCCAUAUUAAAACCAGUCCUCCCCCAUGA